AUGCUCUGGGCAUUCGAUGCGUUCGAUAUCUACACCAUGAAAUCCGAUUUGUUCCGCUUGCUAGUCCUGUACCGGGAAGGGGGGGUAUACAUGGACUGGAAGCUCGCCCCGCUCGUCGGCUGGGACAAGCUGUUGGAGAUGGCGUUUUCCGGGACGGAAAAGUUCCGGUCCCCAAGAAAAGAGACGAGAGACCCGGUCACGGGCACGGUCGUUGCGGAGGAAAAAAUGCAAAACAAGGACGACAUUGGAGUCAUCUUCGCCUGCCAGGACUUCACGUUUUCGUUUGGGGUCAAAGACCCUUAUUUUUUCGAAUCGUUUCCGGCUAUCAAGCAGUUGCCCAAGUGGCCGAAUCAAGACUCCUCAUUACAAGGCUUGAUGAACGCUUUCAUCGCGGCGAAGCCUUUGAACUUACUCCUCGGGGACAUGAUCUACCACAUAUUCCGUCGCGUGGAAUUGCACGCCUACGGAAACACCGUGUGGGAUACCACGGGGCCGAUAGGCCUCUACAUCUCCUUACUUCGCGCAGACCCAAGAACCGCGAAGGUGACAAAAAUGCCACAGGUAUUGCAGCAGGCCACCCUCACGCGGCACCAACCACUGGCCGGAAGUACUACGCGAAGGACGUUGUUUCGAAGCGCCGGGGGGCAGACACAGACUUCCUCUAGUACACAGCGUCAGCAGGGUUCUGAUCUUUCAAACCGUGCACAGACUAGUGCACGACCUCCGAGCAGCAAUUCGACGUCUUCAAACCUCGCUGGUCUCCUCGACUAUGAACUGCAAAAGCAUCGUACUAGUAUAUAUAAAUUGCAUUACAAAUACAAAUUAGCCCAGCACUACAAAUUAAAUUUGUAAUGCUGAUUUGCCUUGAGAAAGAAAUUGGUAAUGCAUAAAUGCAAUUACUACGAGUACGAUACUUUUGCACAGGAUAUCGACUCUGCGGAGUGGAUUUUCGAACGACAAGCGCGGCGGAAAAAAGGCGAUGUUUUCGGAAAGUGGGAGUGUUCACAGCUCCAGGGGGGCCCGGGCGACGCAGCGUUUCUGGUCUUCAACGGACUAAACCACUGGCUUCCCAACCACGAAAUCGCCUAUUCCCUUCCGGGGAAUGUAUCAAAUGUAAAAAUGUCUGGGUCUGGAAACUUGUGAUGCUGUGUGGCAUAUCAUGAGGAGGCGACAAUUGCUGGCUCAGCAUGACAAGUUUCUGAGCUUCUAGGUGUUGCCUAUUCUGCAUGACAAAAUACGUUUCUGCAUGACAGAAAAGUGGGGCUCUUCAGUAAUGUGCAUGACAGAUUUCAGAGUCAUGCCAGACAAGCAUGACAAACUUGCACUCUUCCAGACCCAGACAUUUUUACAUUUGAUAGAAUGACCCAGAGAUCGAUAAGCUCGCCGUGGUAAAAAAGGUCUGGUCGGGCACUCGCGCGGGCGGCGGAUGGAGCCACGGUGGCACCGAGCCGCUGCCGCCCGGAAUCCCCCGCCACCUCAACGGGCGGAACUACAUGGAGGACUGGAAGGAGCGGAAGUGGUUCGCAGCCAACUGCUAUGCAUGGCAAAUAUGUAGUCUGGGUCUGAAAGGAGCAUCGCAAUUUGUCAUGCGAACUAUUCUAGAUCAUGACAAAAUCUGCCAUGCAUGGCCAGCAAGAGGGGCGCAUUUGUUCUGUAUACCGAAAGAGGGGCGCAUUAGGCAACAUUUGGAGACCUGCUCGAAAUCAUUAUCAAUCUGUGAUGCUAGGUCUGCCAUGCCCGACGAAGAUCCGGGUCGGGCAAAAGCUGCAUGAGAGAUCUCGCGCUGCUUUUCCAGACGACCCAGACAUAUAUUUGCAUUCGAUAAUUGUUACGAGGAGGUUUCAGGGGUCUCCUGGCCGGGCGUCCCGGAUAAGGAGUACCAGUGUCGGUAAGAAGGGCAUCAAGGGACGACGAGCAGCUGUGCAAUAAAUGCAAAAGCAAGAAAUAGCUCAUAGUUCAGAUUUCGCCAAUGAUGCAUGCUUGCUCCCAGUACGAAUUCGAACUUUAUCCUGCAUUACAAAUUCCGCAUGACAUGCUCAAGCCCCGUCCUGAUCGGGGUCGACGUGUGGGUGCCUUCUUCUGUGUACAAUACACCUUCCACGUCCUGCGCGCUUUCACGACAAUUUACAUUACAGUAGUUCUAGUGCGCGCUUUCUAGUUCACGACAAUGUACAAUGCAGUAGUUCUAGAAGUCACGACAACUCCUACGUCUAUGUACAAUACAGUAGUUCCAGUGCGCGCUUUCACGACCCAUAAAAAUGUAGCGCCGAUCAUUGAAUAGCGACAUCCUCCCAAUCAACCCUUUUUUGCAAUCCUACCCUAUGCUAGAAAGAUGAUGUAUGAUGAUGACAACCUGAGUUGUGGCAGAAAUAAAGGUUUCUUUCGCAAUCACUUUGGUGUGGCCCGUGUCAUUCCCAAUCUUCCUUCUGUUGAUGGUGCCCCUGGCGAGCGAUUACCCUUGUAGCCCUGGGUAGAAUCUCGAGUUCGUUGCACUAGGCGACUUGAAAACUAUUUGAUUUGAUUUGAUGACGCUAUGUUUUCUAGUAGUAUUAGUAGUAGCGAUUCCGAAGUUUUCUACGUAUGAGGCAUUCUGAAGAGUGAAAUGCUGUGAACACGACAAACGUAGGGUGCUGUUGCUGUUGCGAAGAAAAUCAGUCGUAUGCAGGGGAGACGUGGUUUCCGCCUGCUUGCGCGUUCUGGAAUAGGGUUCAGCGCAGCUUCACUGGUGUGCAUUCUGUUCCUGCACUUUCCAGAGGCGCAACCAGCUCGAAGUAGCAAGAUGCACAAUUAUAGCGCUGUACUUUCGAAGAU